CUGUUUGUACACAGUGCGCUCUCGGCUCGCUCCCUCGCUCCCCGCCUGCUCACGCUUCAUUGUUCUCUUAAGUCAGAAGCCCCGCAGCCGGCCGCGGCGGCGCGAGCAGAGCACGCAGUGUGCGGGUCCGCCAGCGCGGGUGACCCCGAGCCGCCGCCGGAGCCGGCGCCCGGCCCCGCCCGCCGCGCCUCGCCUGGGACCCACCCGCAGAGGAGGCUGAGCCCGCUGGCGACUCCCCGGAGCUCGCCCACCUCCCAGCGCCCCGGAGCGCAGGCAAAAGGGGAAGAAAGAUUCCUCCCUUUGCUCACCACUCUUUCUUGCUCUCUCCAAGAAUUUGUUUAAGGAGACGCUGCAGGAAAAAAGACAUCUUCUUGAAUCCUCUGUCGGGGCGGGGUCUGCCGCUGCCCUGCGGUGCCACCUCAGCGACACUACCCUCCACUAGGACCCCUGGCCAGCGGGGUAACGUCCGAGAGACGGGAUCAUGAAGCGCUCGGUAGCUGCUUGGCUCCUGGUUGGGCUCAGCCUUGGUGUCCCUCAGUUCUGCAAAGGUGAUAUUUGUGAUCACAAUCCGUGUGAAAAUGGAGGUAUCUGUGUGUCAGGAUUGUCUGAUGAUUCCUUUUCCUGCAAGUGCCCAGAUGGCUUCACAGAUCCCAAUUGUUCUAGUGUUGUGGAGGUUGGUCCCUGCACUCCUAAUCCGUGCCAUAAUGGAGGAACCUGUGAAAUAAGUGAAGCAUACCGAGGGGAUACAUUCAUAGGCUAUGUCUGUAAAUGUCCCCGAGGAUUUAAUGGGAUUCACUGUCAGCACAAUAUUAAUGAAUGUGAAGCUGAGCCUUGCAAAAAUGGUGGAAUAUGCACAGACCUUGUUGCUAACUAUUCCUGUGAGUGCCCAGGAGAAUUCAUGGGAAGAAAUUGUCAAUACAAAUGCUCGGGCCCAUUGGGAAUUGAAGGUGGAAUCAUUUCAAAUCAGCAAAUCACAGCUUCAUCUACCCACCGAGCUCUUUUUGGACUCCAGAAAUGGUAUCCCUACUAUGCACGUCUUAAUAAGAAGGGGCUUAUAAAUGCCUGGACAGCUGCAGAAAAUGACAGAUGGCCAUGGAUUCAGAUAAAUUUACAAAGAAAAAUGAGAGUUACUGGUGUGAUUACUCAAGGAGCCAAGAGGAUUGGAAGCCCAGAGUAUACAAAAUCCUACAAAAUUGCCUACAGUAAUGAUGGAAAGACUUGGGCAAUGUACACAGUGAAAGGCACCAAUGAGGAUAUGGUGUUCCGUGGAAAUGUGGAUAACAACACACCCUAUGCUAACUCUUUCACGCCCCCCAUAAAAGCUCAGUACGUGAGACUCUAUCCCCAAGUCUGUCGAAGACACUGCACUUUGAGAAUGGAGCUUCUUGGAUGUGAACUGUCAGGCUGUUCUGAGCCUCUGGGGAUGAAAUCAGGACACAUACAGGACUAUCAGAUCACUGCUUCCAGCAUCUUCAGAACUCUCAAUAUGGACAUGUUCACUUGGGAACCAAGGAAAGCUCGGCUGGACAAGCAGGGCAAAGUGAAUGCCUGGACCUCCGGCCACAAUGACCAGUCACAAUGGUUACAGGUGGAUCUUCUGGUCCCUACCAAAGUGACUGGCAUUAUUACACAAGGAGCUAAAGAUUUUGGUCAUGUGCAGUUUGUAGGCUCCUACAAACUAGCUUACAGCAAUGAUGGAGAACACUGGACAGUAUACCAGGAUGAAAAGCAAAGAAAAGAUAAGGUUUUCCAGGGCAAUUUUGACAAUGAUACCCACAGAAAAAACGUCAUCGACCCUCCCAUCUAUGCACGGCACAUAAGGAUCCUUCCUUGGUCCUGGUAUGGGAGGAUCACGCUGCGAUCGGAGCUGCUGGGCUGCACAGAGGAGGAGUGAGGAGAUCCCACAGCCCACAACCCUCCUCUCUAUUUCCCUAAAAGUAUCUCCACGGAAUGAACUCUGCAAAAUCUAUUGGAAACUGAAUGGAAUUUUUCAUGAAAAAGUGAUCAAAUUACGGUAGGCCACUAACUGUCUUCUUAAGGAGGUCUAAGCCUGCCUUUUCAAAGGUUUAAUUUGAUUUUUAUCAUUUAAAUUUCUUAAGCAACAUCACAUUAGCUGUGAAUUACUUUUCUCAUUGUUUUCUGACUUCUUCAUACUGGUUGAAAUAUAUUAGGCAAAGAAAGUAGCACUCUUGAUAGCAAGGGUAAAAAAAUCUCAUAGUUAUCAAAUAAAAGCAAGAGUUGUUAGAGCUUUCGUAAUCAAUACUCAACUUAUUCUUAUAAAAAGAAUACUGCAAUGUUAGCAAUAAGUUUUUUUCCCUUCUGUAAUGAGUCUAUAUUAUCCUAAUUAUUUCCCUGUGCCUGACAAACACUGUCAGUGUUUAUAACCAAAAUUUGAAGAAGAAUCUGUAACAUGCAGUACUAACUGAAAUUAUAAUUCUCAUUUUACUUUUAUUUCUAAUCAGAGAUUAUGUGAUCUUUCUCUUUGUGCUAUUCUAUAUUCUAUAUAUUAUAUAUUGCCUGAAUAAGUCCAUACUUUUCCCAAUUGACUUUUGUCCUAUUACUUGCCUAAAAGAAGCAUCAUGUUUGUGUGUGUGUGUGUGUGUGUGUGUGUGUGUGUGUGUGUGUAUAUAUAUAUAUAUAUAUAUAUAUAUAUAUAUAUACACACACGCACAUAUAUAUACAUAUAUAUAUAUGAAACAUGAUUAUCAGUAGAUUGAGCAUAUUUAGUAUCAGUAGAUUGAACCUGCAAUUCUCUUGUUUUUGAAGGAAGCUAUAACUAUGUAAUCUCCAAAUAAUUCCUUUAUAAAGACCUGAAUACUACCAUUUUGCAAAAUUAACAACAAAAUCACAUUGUUUCUUUAAGACAAAAUUUAAACCUUUGUUUUGAUGGUAUUUCCAUAGCCUUAUCUUUACUUUAAAAUAAUAGAAGAAUUAUUUGUCUACUUAAUUUUUUUGUUUUUAGCAAAUAUUGACAGUGCUGCAUAACUUGGCCAAGCAUAGUCAUCAUUUCUUUGUUCACCUCUGCACUUCCUGUGAAACUAGAAUUUUAUUGAGGUUUGAAAUUAGUGGUGGUUUCUCAGGAAAGCACAGUGCAUAGACAUUUGUGAGAAGAGAAGUGUUUACUAAUGACAAAGUAGUAAACCAUUUUCAGGGUGAAAAUUGAUUUCUAUCUAUCUUGCUUCAAAGGUCCUGAAAAAAUAAUAAGCAAUUAUCAUAAUUUGUUAUUGAUAAUGAAGGUUUCAUUGCCAUUCUCUCAAAUUAAGGCUCACACUGCCUCCAUGAAAGUCCUCAACAUCUAAUUUAUAAGCUUUACAAGUAUUUGUUUUAUAAGGCUUAGACACAGAAUUACUGGGGUUUUAAAUUGUGUCCUGAAAAAGAAAGUAUGGUAUGUGUACAAAACAUUGACGUCCUGUGCAACACUGCUAAGUUCUUUUUUUCCUUAUUAAUUAUUUGUGCUGCAUAACAGAAGCCACUGUCUUGUCUGUCAAUGUGUUAACAGCAUUUCUUGAUGAUGUAUAUAUGGAGUGGUCUUCAAUCAUAGUGAAGAAUUUAAAGAGAAAGUCAAUCAAUCAAUCAUAAUGGCAUUUUUAAUAAGAACAAAAUUAGGACUGGCUGGCCAUGUAUUUGUCCUGUGCCCACAUGCUUUCUACUUCAGGCUCUUAUUAUAAAAUUGUUGAUUUGAAGCAUCUGAAAUGGUGAUCAGUUUUUAGCAUCUUUCUUUCAAAAACGAAAUUGCCAUGUCAUCAAUAUCAUCUUUUUAAGAUAACUUUAAAUUAGGAAUUUAAGUAUUUUUAAUUUGUUAAAUUUUAAGGUCAUGUUACAAAUAAUUGCUUAGGUCCAAAGCUAUACACACACUCACUAUGUAGCCAAUGACCCUUAUUUCUUUAAAGACUUACUGUCCCACUGAAUUUCUAGCCAUUUUCUCUUGCAGGUUAUGCACAAUUCUUGAUUCUUUUCAGAGUGAGUUUUUAAAACUAUGAGUAAUUUUUUGUAAUGAUUUACUUUCUCAAAAUUAUUCAUGGCUUCUUAUGAUGUUUGUUUUAAAUUUUAUUUUAUUGGUAGUUUUUCAAAAAAAUAUUUUCAAAGGGAGUUUGUUAAAAUUUUGUUACCUUUUAGAAAUACAAACAAAUGGCUUUCUGUUGCUUGUGCAUUUUGUCUCUGCUCUAUAUGUUUUUCACCAACAUGACAUAUCAUGGGAUAUCUCUUUAUCCCAUGAUGCCCCAAAUUAAUAACAAAGGGAUUCCCACAUGUGGAAAUGUUAAUAAUUAUUGUGAACUAGUAUGUAGCUUUUGUGUCAUUUGUAUCAAUGACAAAGUGAAGCAAAUUUAUUUUAUUUAAAUUCACAGUAAAACAAGGAAAAUCUCAUAAGAACAAGGCACAGAAGAAUCACCUAGCCUUCACCAUAUUGAGUAACUAUAAUAUGCUAAUUUUAUAAUCUAUGAAAUUACAAUUUUAAACAUAUCCAGUUUAUCUAUGUCUUAUUAAAAGCAUUUAUCAUAAUCACUGAUUCUAAUUUUAGGGUUGACUUUCUCUUUCUGAAUGGCUUUGUAAGGGUUUAUGUGAAUUUUGAAGAUUUAGGGUACUAAUGAUUGUAUCUUUACUAGUCAACAAAUUAUGAAAUAUAAUAUUCACUGCUGGCGUCUGAUGUGUCAGUAAGUACAGAAAUAACUAAGACACAAAUAACCUUUGCAAACUUUCAAGCUGUGUAAUAUUCUAAUGUUGGGUUUUUUCUUUGUAUAUAUACUUAAAUCAUGUAGGAUGUUGUAAAAUCAGUAUGACCUUGUCUAGUCUUCAAAGUUAAAAUAAACUUUUGAAAAUCUGGGAUACUUUA